AUGGUUGUUGGGCUUUUGGUAACAAACGAUCUCCCCAUGUCGCUAGUAGACAAUGAAUACUUCCGCGACAUGAUCAAUUUUUUGCGACCAAAUGCUGCAAACCUUUUAAUGAAACGGACGGCAUUUACCGCCUUCUCGCGGUCAAUGACAGCACGUGCCAAGAUCUGCUUGAAGAGCUUGAUGCAAUCGGAGCUGGUGUUGAACAUCAACUUGACCACUGACCAAUGGACUCUGUCCAAUCGCAAGCACUAUACGUGCUUGAUGGCUAACAUCUUGGCCCGGAUCAAAGGUAAGAUCAAGGUAUUUGACUUUGCCAUUGAGAUCUUUGAGACCAGUCCAGACCGUGCACAACAAUUGAAUAAACUCUACGAGCCAUACGGGGUCUGGCACAAGACCUCCUUCAUUUCCACCGGCAAGAAGAACUUGGACUCAGAAAUGGUGGAUGAACUCGCCGCCAUGCCCUCCUCUAAAAACGUGGCCCAUGCCCGGUAUAUCCCGCAUAUCCUCCACUUGAUCUCCAAGGAAAUGUACAGUCACUUGGUCCCGAAACGGACGUUUGCCAAGAACAUCUCUGAGGCAGAAUAUGCCAAAUACAACAACAACUACAUAUUGGAAACCCAUCCGCAUGUUAGGACAGUCCUUGAGAAAGUUAAGACUGUGCAACAAAAGAUCUGUGAAUCGAAACAGUUGUUGCAUGAUUUCUCCAUGAUCUGUAGCUCUAUUGGCCAUUCAAGAGUGGCGCUGGAACGGUUCUGUCAAAAGAAAUGGACUCUGACAAGUUUCAGACUUGCCUCAGCUAUUUCCGUUAAGGAUUCCCUUGUGAAGCAAUUCCCUGAAUACUUGCUGCAGAAAGAGUUCAAUUACCUUGAGCCAGUGGUAUCCUUCCUUUCCGGUAUUGAGCACUUGACCAACAUGUUCUUUGUCACACCGCCUGGCCCUCCUGCUUGGUUGAUCUUGGGGACGUUCCGGAUCCUUAGAGGUGAAAUGUGCACCUUGCUUGAAAAUGGACCAGACUACUUUGACGCCAAUUUAAGUGAUGCCUUGAACGCAGGUCUUGGAAAAGUCGACCUUUACAUGGAUCUUUUGUUUGGAUCUAACCAAGAUUCUGAGCCUACUCCAUUAGUGUUUGCCACAUUUUUCCAUCCUUAUUACAGACGGACUCUCGCCAAGAGGACCUUCAACGAGUCGAAACUCAUCUCACAAUCAUCUUUGACCGUAUUACAGAAGCUACGGAGGCCGAAAUCAAUACUAAGCCAACCCUGA